CAAAUAUUUGGCAAACCAAAGAGUAACGGGUCGGGCCACUUCAGCAGCUCAAGUUGAAUAGUCCCGCUAGAAACUUCUACUGGAUUUUCUUUAGGGUUUCAGGUUUCUUUAGGGUUUUACACCGUGCUUCGCUCAGUCUUCUUCGAUUAGCUCAGUUAGACCUAGCCAAUGGUCCGAUUCUGCGGAUUCCGGAUUGCCCGCCGCUCCAUCUGCUCCUACCUACGCCACAAUUCACCGUCUUUUUUGGGUGAUUCGUUAUUACAAGGUGGUUGCAGGAGUUAUGGCACAGCACUAUCCAAUCGUUGUAGGGUCCUUCCCUAUUCGAAUUUCGGAAAUGUGGCUAGUGAGAGAGACUGGUUGAAAAUCGGUUUACUCAAAGCUAAUUGGGGUGUGGCACGAUCAAUUCAUAGCACUGGUAAUUGUAUAAUUUUCCUAAGCUUUGAGGCAGACGUAUUCUGUUCUGUAAUUUCUUGUGCUUACUUCUCGUCUGAUAUAAAACCUUAGAUAACUGGUUAUGACGUUUUAUUGUCCAUUUCUGUCGUGAGCUGGAGGUUUAUAUUUUGUAUUACCACAAUAAAAUCCUACAUUUAACUUUAGAAGAUUAACUUGAAAUUCUGUAAAGCAUGGGAACUUUUCUCCAUAUAUAUCUAAAUAGAAAAUGAUAAAAAAAUGUAGUAUCACAUUUAUUGAUGAAGUUGCUGCUAAAUUAUUCGAGAAAAUUAAUUUAUUAUGGUGGCAUAUUUUGAAUUGCUUAUCCUGUUUUGACCUUUUCUGGGGAUAAAUUUGCUGACUUGUACU